AUGGCGGAUGGAAGCGGGCUCUCUUAACUUUAUCCUAUACAAUAAUAAACGUAUUAAGUGGGCAAGAUUGAGACAGGAUGAAUUUCAGCUAUAGUUAGGGAAAUACCCAGUGUUUCAUCGCAUUAAGCUGAAAAUACAGCAUUAUUCAUGUAAGCUUCACCUUAGGCAAUGGAGGAAACUCGCUACAGCAAACGCCUGCGAACAGGAACACGUAGGCGCUACCAGGACGAUGGCAUCUCGGAUGAUGAGAUCGAGGGGAAGACGACUUUUGACUUGGAUGAAAAGCUUGAAAGCAGCUACUUUAAUUCAGAUUUGGUCAAAAUCAUGGAUGGAAAAGACUUUACUUUUGAGUACAUCCAGCGGGAGGGGCUCCGGGACCCCAUAAUCUUUACUAAAGCAGACGGCCUUGGCAUUCAGAUGCCCGAUUCAGACUUCAGUGUGAGUGACGUGAAAUUGUUUGUUGGCAGUCGAAGGAUGAUUGACGUGAUGGAUGUAAGCACUCAAAAGGGGAUGGAGAUGUCCAUGAGUCAGUGGAGGAGGUAUUAUGAAACUCCAGCCUCAGAAAGGGAGAAGCUGUACAACGUCAUCAGUCUUGAGUUCAGUCAUACGAAACUGGAGCAUCUCGUCAAGAGACCUGCCUCAGUUGAUCUGAUUGACUGGGUGGAUAACAUGUGGCCACGGCACCUGAAGGAGAGACAAAGAGACUCCACCAACGUGAUCACUGACAUGCAGUAUCCCAAAGUACAGAAGUACUGUCUGAUGAGUGUGAAGGGCUGCUUUACAGACUUCCAUGUAGACUUUGGUGGCACAUCAGUCUGGUAUCACAUCCUGAGGGGGCGCAAGGUGUUCUGGCUGAUCCCACCCACACCACAGAACCUGGAGCUCUAUGAGAACUGGGUGUUGUCGGGAAAACAGGGUGACAUCUUCCUCGGGGACAAAGCCACAGCCUGUCAGCGCAUUGAACUAAAACAGGGUUACACUUUUAUGAUCCCCUCAGGUUGGAUCCAUGCAGUAUACACUCCUGAAGAUACUCUGGUGUUUGGAGGGAAUUUCCUGCACAGUUUUAACAUCCCAAUGCAGCUGAACAUCUACAGUGUUGAGGACCGCACACGGGUCCCAGCUAAGUUUCGUUACCCGUUCUAUUACGAGAUGUGUUGGUAUGUGUUGGAGCGUUACCAUUACUGUCUGACCAACAUUUCUUAUCUAACACCAGAGUUUCAAAGACACUCACUGGGCAUCGGGCUGAAAAAAGAUGACUUUGCUAAACCGAAUAAUGAGGAUGGUGACGAAAAAGUGGAGGUUAAAGAAGGUGACGAGGAGGAGGAAGAAGAACUCCUCUCUCCUCCAGCCCGACCUGGAGUGAAGGUCCACCUGACCCCGUUUGAGUUGGAGGGACUUCGCCAGCUGCUGCAGAAACUGGAGGAGUUGCCCACCCACAAGAAGUGUGUACCUGCAGGGAUCAGAAAUGCUCCAGCACUUCUCUGCGACAUUCGUACUCUGCUAGAAGAACAUGCCAACGAUGAUCCAAAAUUGUCUUACACUGGAAAACCCAUUGUCACAUGGCCUAAAAGGCCCUCGUGGUAUAUGCCACUCCCUCCCCCCCCAUCUGCAAUGUAUCGACCACGCGCUUCAGGAUCGGCCCCCACAAUAGCUCCGGUGCCACGGCCAACUAAGCCUGCAUCUUCUAUCUCUGCUCUGAGGAAACGGCGUGUGCGUUGUAAGCGCUGCAAGGCCUGCAGACGCUCCGAGUGUGGAGAUUGCACCUACUGCAGGGACAUGAAGAAGUUUGGCGGCCCGGGUCGACUCAAAAAGUCCUGCAUUCUCAGACAGUGCCUGGCUCCGGCGCUGCCUCUGACUGCCGUCUGUGCCAUAUGCAAAGAAGGGAGCCAGGAAGACUCCGAAGGCACCCAAACCACUCAAACACUCAUGGAGUGCUCUGAAUGUGGUCAGAUUACGCACCCAGAAUGUAUAACGGUCCCAGGGGAAGGUGUGAUCAAUAAUGAUCUUCCCAGUUGCUGGGAGUGUCCCAAAUGUGUCCAGGAUAAGAAUACAGAGUCUUCCAGCAGCAACUCAGAAGAAGAAUAUAAAAGCACUGUUACAACUAGCUCGCCAACCUCCGGUCCUCCUGCUAAGCGGGCGUACAGAGAAGGCAUUGGGGUGGGUGCUCUGCGUUUGGGGCGCAGGGGUCAGCCUUCCCCGUCUCCCUCUUCCCUGCCUCUGACUCGCUCCCGGCGUCAACCUCCACCCUCUCAGAGAAUCCUGCUGCAGCACCAACAGAGUCGCAAAAGAGCCGGGGCACUGGAGCGACAGCACCGGAAGAGGAUCAAAUUAGAGAGAAACAAACUCUUCCAGUCUACACGGCCGUCUGUCUCCGUUUCUCCAAAGCUUUUGCGCCAGCGGAGUUUGGAGAGAGGGAGCAUUAUCAGGGCAGGACUCGGAAGGGGCAUGUCCCGCAGGAGAGUCUUGCCAUCUUAUCAGGGAAGAGCAGUACGGCUAAGAAGUGAAGCAAGUGGCGGGGCUCUGAGGGGAAGGACGGAGAGAGAAGAGGAUGGAGAUGACCAUAACAGGGAGGAAGAGAAUGUUAAGACUGAAAGAAGAGAGAACGGGCUGGGAGGUAAAGAGAACCGGCCACGGAGAUAUGGAGGAAGGCCGACGGAAGAGGAGAACAGGGAAGCCCAACAGAACGAAGAGCGGUACACCGAGGCAGAGGAGGAUGGAGAGCAGACUCGCUCUGACUCCGCGGUGCCUGGCGAUGAGACCAGAGAUCAGAGGUCAUGUGUGACCGUAACUUUGCAGCCUUCGCGAGGCAGACGGGACCCCAGCACUAUUGUCCCCAAGCUAGAAGCGAAUGUAUCAUCCGCAAGCCACACCCAAAGCAACAACGACUUCCAGGGCAAGUCCUUGCUACGCCCACCACUCCGAGGUGAUUCGCGCCGUGUUGAUAAAACUCAAUCCCACUCAAACUCGCAUGCAACCAGGUCACAACUCCAAACCCCCACCCUUACCAGGAGCACUUCCAAACACGCUAAUGUGAGUCAGAGUUUAAGGUGUAACUCCAGAGAGUCCCAUCACAACACAACACGAGAGAGAAAUGGGAAGAACGUGCGACCGGAAAGAGGGAAGCCUCCUGCCACAACCUCUUUCACAUCACCUGAGCAGAAUGGCACAAGUGAACCAGGCUGGGGCAGGCUGGUGUGGGUGUCUGUCUUCCGCUACCUGACUCGAACUGAGCUGUGUGUCUGCAUGGCUGUGUGCAAGAGCUGGUACAAAUGGGGGUGUGAUAAGCGCUUGUGGACACACAUCAGUUUGAGCCGCUGCCAGUCCAUCAGCCCACAGGCCCUUUCCGGCAUCAUCAAGCGACAGCCGGUUACACUGGACCUGUCCUGGGCCAAGAUAUCCAAGAAACAGCUUACUUGGCUCAUCAACCGUUUACCAGGGUUAAAAGAUUUGGUGCUUUCAGGGUGUAACUGGACAUCCGUCUCUGCUCUGAGCUCUCCCAGUUGUCCUUUACUGCGUUCAUUAGACCUGCGCUGGGCAGAUGGUGUCAAAGAUGCACAGAUCAGAGAGCUUCUCAGCCCACCAGGAAGUAAUAACCGUUCACAGCUGAGAAACAUGCAGUGCUUGAGGCUAUGUGGUCUGGAGGUGACCGAGGCCACACUGAGGCUGAUCAUCAGGCACAUGCCCCAGCUGACAAGGCUGGAGCUCUCACACUGCCCUCUGACCGACAACGCUCUCAACCUCCUUACUGCUGUGGGCUCAUCCACACGCAACACACUCACACACCUCAACCUAGCAGGUUGUAGCCGUCUGACAGACCACUGUCUAGUGUACCUGCAACGUUUGUCCUGUCUCUCUGUGCUGGACCUACGCAGCUGUAAAGGAAUCUCCCGACAAGCUUGCGAGAAAUUCAUCUCCGAGCUGUCCGUCAAUGCUCUCUACUGCCUAUCGGACGAUAAACUUAUCCAGAGAAUAUCCUAGAGCCUACUUUUUUUCUGAGAGAGACAGACUGUUUGGGUUGGCUGGGUGGUGGCAGAGUUGUGUGUGUGUGUGUGAGAGAGAGAGAGAAUAUUGCAGUGUGUGUAUGUGUAGGAAGGUCAGCAUGAUUGCUCUUUUUGACUGCAAUUCAUGUACAGAACGUCAUGAUGGCUCAGCCCAAGGCAUCUAGAAGGGGCUUUAUGAAAACAAGACUCAGCGAUGGCUGCCCCUAAUUUGUACUUAACUCAUUUUCUUUUGGUCUGCAUACACUCAAGUUGGCAAUCAUGGUGUUACAGGCCUGAGAAUUGUCAUGGGCUCUUCCAUUUAAGAGUUUUCAACAGGUGCUAUUCCUCAACAGCCUCUUUUCUAUUCCAGGGCAGGUCUGUAACUUGCAUGCCUCUCCUGAUCCCAUCCCCUCCUUUUCCACUCUUUCUAACUUCUCUGUCUUCUUUACUCCAACGCUUCUGUUGUUUGUAGCAGCGUAAGGGUGUCGCGUUUGGUUUCACUCCUGUGCUUAACCUCUGAAUUUAUUUUUCAAGGGGAAUACUUUUCAGUUCUUAAUUCCGUUCUCUCUAGUUACAGAGUACAGAUAUAUAUAAAUAUAAAAAUAUAUAUACACACCCUUGUGUAAAUGUAUUCCUCUCCUAUAGUAUGCCAGAAGAAGAGUCUGUAGCGUUGUAAUUAUUUUUGGAUUUUUUUUUUUCACUUUUUGUUUGUUUUUCAAAAAAAAAAAAAAAAUAAAGAAAUAAGAUAA